AUGAGGAAGUUAAGGCGCUAUUCGGAGAUUAAUUAUGAGGAAGAGCUUGAGAUGUAUAGAGAAUUUGAGAGUGAAGUACUGAUAGAUUAUAUAAACAGAGUGGAAGCCAAAGAGGAGGGUGCAACAACACAAUUUUAUCGUUUUGACGACGACGAUGAUGAUAAUGAGAAGAAUGCUCGUGAAGUUGUCAGAAAAUACAAAGCCUUGACAGAUGAAGCUGUGAGGAAGUGUCCUAGGAGAUAUAUUUUCGAUGAACCAAAGGAGUUAUCGCUUGGACGGCUCUACUAG